AUGAAUGACUGGAACUCCAUCUCUGGUUAUCUAUUCAUGGUGAGUGGUGCAGCAGUAAGCUGGAAGAGUCGAAACAAACGUGUGUUGCUCUCUCUACGGCAGAAGCCGAAUAUGUUGCACUGGCUUGUGCCGUCCAAGAAGCUACCUGGAUGA